AUGGGCCCAGAGAUGGAACCGCUGUUCCUGGCCUGGAGCUAUUUCAGGCGCAGGAAGUUCCAGCUCUGCGCCGAUCUGUGCACGCAGAUGCUGGAGAAGUCCCCUUACGACCAGGCAGCUUGGAUUUUGAAAGCACGAGCACUCACUGAAAUGGUAUAUGUCGAUGAAAUCGAUGUAGAUCAGGAAGGAAUUGCGGAAAUGAUACUGGACGAAAAUGCUAUUGCUCAAGUUCCACGCCCUGGCACAUCCUUGAAACUCCCUGGAACUAAUCAGACCGGAGGGCCUAGUCCAGCCAUCAGGCCGAUCACUCAAGCUGGAAGGCCCAUCACAGGUUUCCUCAGACCCAGCACCCAGAGUGGCAGGCCAGGCACCAUGGAGCAGGCCAUCAGGACGCCCCGGACCGCCUACACGGCCCGCCCCAUCACCAGCUCGUCCGGAAGGUUCGUCAGGCUAGGCACGGCUUCCAUGCUGACGAGUCCGGAUGGACCUUUUAUAAAUUUAUCUAGGCUGAAUUUAACAAAGUAUGCCCAGAAACCUAAAUUGGCAAAGGCUUUGUUUGAGUAUAUCUUUCAUCAUGAAAACGAUGUUAAGACUGCCUUGGAUCUGGCUGCCCUUUCCACAGAGCAUUCUCAGUACAAGGACUGGUGGUGGAAAGUGCAGAUUGGAAAGUGUUACUACAGGUUAGGAAUGUAUCGUGAAGCAGAAAAGCAGUUUAAAUCGGCUCUGAAGCAGCAGGAAAUGGUAGAUACAUUUCUUUAUUUGGCAAAAGUUUACACCUCAUUGGAUCAACCUGUGACUGCUUUAAACCUUUUCAAACAAGGCUUAGAAAAGUUUCCAGGAGAAGUAACCCUACUAUGUGGAAUUGCCAGGAUCUACGAGGAAAUGAACAAUAUCUCAUCAGCCUCUGAAUACUACAAAGAAGUUUUGAAACAGGACAACACUCACAUGGAGGCCAUUGCAUGCAUUGGGAGCAACCACUUUUAUUCUGAUCAACCAGAAGUCGCUCUCCGCUUCUACAGGCGCCUCCUGCAGAUGGGGGUUUAUAACUGCCAGCUCUUCAACAACCUGGGGCUCUGCUGCUUCUAUGCCCAGCAGUACGACAUGACCCUGACCUCAUUCGAACGUGCCCUUUCUCUGGCUGAGAACGAAGAAGAGACGGCUGAUGUCUGGUACAACCUGGGACAUAUAGCUGUGGGAGUGGGAGACACGAGCCUGGCCCACCAGUGCUUCAGGCUGGCUCUGGUCAACAACAACCACCACGCCGAGGCCUACAACAACCUGGCCGUGCUGGAGAUGCGGAAGGGCCACGUGGAACAGGCAAGAGCGCUGUUGCAAACUGCAUCAUCUUUAGCACCCCACCUGUACGAACCGCAUUUUAAUUUUGCAACAAUCUCUGAUAAGAUUGGAGAUCUACAGAGAAGCUAUAUUGCUGCUCGAAAGUCUGAGGCCGCAUUUCCAGAUCACGUGGACACCCAGCACUUAAUUAAACAGCUACAGCAGCACUUUGCUACGCUCUGA